CAUUGUGUUUCGGCCCGAACGUGUUGCUCUUCAGAUGCCAUUUUCACACCUUCAGCAGGACCUCGGGAUGGCCGGAGGAAUCCUCAGCAACUUGGACAACCUGUGCAACGUGGACUGCGCAAACCUGCACCCCCUGGUGUGCCACCUGUGCCACGAGCAGUACCAGUCGCCGUGUCUGCUGGACUGCUACCACAUCUUCUGCGCCCGCUGCCUGCUGGGCCGGACCAACGACAGCCGACUCAGCUGCCCCCUCUGCGGAUACCCGUCCAUCAUCAAGGGGAACAACGGCCUCCCGCCAGAAGACCGUCUGCUCAAGUUCCUGGUGGACAACAACGCAGACGCCGAGGAGAUUGUGCAGUGCGCCAACUGUGACCAAGAGAGCAACAAAAAGGACACAGGUGUGAUGUUCUACUGCAACACGUGUAACCAGCCGCUGUGCUGCGCCUGCAGGGAGCUCACGCACAAGGCCCGAAUGUUCGCCCACCACGACAUCGUCUCGCUGGCCAAGCGCAGCAAAGCCAAGCACAGGAAGUGCGUUCUGCACGAGGAGCCCUACAUCCUCUUCUCCACUGAGAACAAGUCCAUGCUUUGCAUCAAGUGCUUCAGAGACAUGCAAGUGGAGAGUCGCACUCACUGCAUCGACAUUGAGACGGCCUACAUGCAAGGAUGUGAGAUGUUGGACCAGGCUGUGCUGGUGGUGAAGGAGCUGCAGACGUCCACCCGAGAGGCCAUCUUCCUGCUGAGGUCCAUGAUCGGAGAAGUGUGUCUGAAUGUAGAGGAGGAGGAGAGCGCCAUCUGCUCUCUCUUCAACAGUCUGCAGGAAAAACUGGCUGAGAGAAAGAAGAUUCUGCUGAAAACUGCUCAGAGCCAGCACGAGGAGAAGGAGAAAGCGCUAAAGGAGCAGCUCUCCCACCUGACCACGCUCCUGCCUACGCUCCAGGUUCAUCUGGUCACCUGCUCGGCCUUCCUCAGCUCGGCAAACAUGUUUGAGUUUUUGGACAUGGGAUACCAACUGAUGGAGCGGCUGAAACGGAUCGUGAAGCUCCCCCAUCGCCUCAGACCGGUUCAGAGCAGCAAAAUCAACACAGACUACCGCAGCGAGUUCGCCCGCUGUCUGGAGCCCCUGCUGCUGAUCGGCCAGCGCUGCGCCCCUUCCGUCACCGGCUCCUCCAGCGUCGCCACGAGGCUGCAGUCGCCUCUCUCCAUGUCUUGCCGCUCCCUGUCUCUCAGUGAGAUGCCGCUCGGCUCCGUGCUCGGCCGGAGGUCCACGUCUCACCGCAACAUCUGCACCAAGGUCCUGCUGGCCGAGGGGCGGGAGACGCCCUUCACCAAGCACUGCAACAACUACGAGAACUCCUACAGGACUCUGCAGACAGAGAUCCAGAACCUGAAGGACCAGGUCCAGGAGCUGCACAGGGACCUGACCAAGCACCACUCCAUCAUCAACACGGCCCAGAUGGGCGAGAUCCUGGACCGCUCGCUGCACAUUGACAGCCAGAUCGCGUCCCAGCACACCACGGUGGAGACCAUGAGGACCAUGUUUGAAGAGAUCUGGGACGAGACCUUUCAGAGGGUCACCAAUGAGCAGGAGAUCUAUGAAGCCCAGCUUCACGAUCUGAUGCAGCUGAAGCAGGAGAACUCCUACCUGACCACCAUCGCCAGGCAGAUCGGCCCCUACAUCCUGUCCAUCGCCAAGGUCAAACAGAGACUGGAACCCAGGCUGCAGGAGCCCAAAGAGUGCCGCGACGACCGCACCGAAACCAUGUUGAAGAUUUACAAAGACGCCGCAACAGUAGCAGCGGAGAGUCAAGACAGACUUCUUCUUCUUCUUGUGUUACACAGCAACAAGCAGACGUGCGUCACAGAACAAGACAAGAGCAACCACCCGCUCGUGAUCUCGUGAAACCACCGCCCACCGACCUGGAGAUACCGACACAUGGUGUACGUGACAUUCU